CACUAUUUUGAAUCAUCCUGCUCUCACUCAGGUUACUUGAUUUUGCGCAUUCAGGAGACCGAGUACGAGUGUGAGUGCUCACGAUGUUGGGAUACGGUGGCGUCCACGGAAUCACUUGAUUGGAUUACUGUAUCGUUGAUGGAGUGUCCGUUACGAUUCAAUGAUACGACGAUACGAAAACGGAUCGCCAGCUGGAUUAAUGAGGAAUGCAAUGCCUCAUUCAACUGCGGUCUGAGAAAUCAGCUGGACGAGAAUCACAUCGUCAUUGGACAUUUCGAAUGCGAGGUAGAAAGGAAUGAACUCCGAUUGGUGGCUCUUCUCAAUCGCACCCUUGGAUUGCAUCAGGUGAUAUGCAGCGUGAACAAGUCGCCGUUGAAGAUUUUCCAGUUUGAACGUCGGUGUUCGUCGUCGUUCCGGGAAUGUUCUUCCGGCUCAUCUCCUCGGACUUGUACUGCAAACAAGAGAACAUCUACUUUCGUUUCUUCUUCACUCGGAAAUUCUUUCAGCGACUGUUCACAGACGGCUAAAAGGAAUCCCUUUGUCAAGACGAUAAGCAGCCGUACAGCCGUUGUCAUCCUGGUCGCAAUGACCGUCUUCACGUUCUUCAUGUUUCUGCUCAUCUACUUCUCUCAAGUCUACGUGAACUGGAGCCGAAUCGUCAAAGGCGAUUGGAGUCACAAAGACUACCGAAAAGUACCACAUGUUCAGUACAGCUCGGAAAGGAUCACAAUGAAUGGACAAAUCGCACCCGAACGUCCCAAUUUCGAAACCCAAUAUUAG